UACAGAUGAACUCGGUAAAACGCAUACUAAACUACAGCAAAUUAAAAUCAGAAGCAUCGUACGAAAGUACUGCUGAUAAACAACCUCCUUCAGAUUGGCCACAAAAAGGAGAAAUUCAUUUUGAUAAUGUUUCUUUACAAUAUUCUAAUGAUAAAAAUACGGUUUUAAAGAACUUAAUAUUUCGUAUUAACUCAGGAGAAAAGAUAGGAAUUGUUGGAAGAACAGGAGCUGGAAAAAGUUCUAUAAUUGCUUCGUUAUUUCGCAUGAGAGAACCAACAGGAACGAUAACCAUCGAUGGAGUUGACACUAAAGAUAUUGGUCUUCGGGAUCUACGUAGUAAAAUAUCCAUUAUUCCUCAAGAUCCAAUGUUAUUUACUGGUCCUCUUCGAAGAAAUAUUGAUCCUUUUAACGAAUAUUCAGAAGAAAUGAUGUGGAAAGCCAUAGAAGAGGUUCAAUUAAAAGACGUUAUCAGUAAGUUGCCAGGGGGAUUAGAUACACAUUUAACAGAAGGAGGACGAAAUUUCAGCGUAGGAGAAAGACAGUUAAUUUGUCUUGCCAGAACCAUACUACGUCAGAAUAAAAUUCUUGUCAUGGACGAAGCAACAUCCAAUGUAGAUAAAAAAACUGAUUCCUGCAUACAAAAAAUAAUUCGAGAAAAAUUCAAAUCUUGUACCGUGUUGACAAUAGCCCACAGAUUAAAUACAAUUAUUGAUUCGGAUAGAGUCAUGGUUCUAGAUAAUGGAAAACUACAAGAAUUUGAAACGCCAUAUGCAUUACUUAAAAAUGUGAAUGGUACUUUUUAUAAUUUGGUAAAAAACACGGGAGUUACUUCGAUGAAUGAGUUAUACAAAAUUGCCAAAGAAAAAUAUUAUGUUCAAAAAUAUAUGGAAAGUACGAAACUAUAAAACAGCAGAUCGUCUUUGAUACAUAUCAACCUAGUAUUAUCAUUCUCUACUACUGUAUUAAAUUUGUACAGUAGAGUCUCGAAACCUUGGAACUCGAUAACCCGGCAGUUCGGAUAACUCGACCACACCCUGGCAGGGCAAAAAAUUCCUUAGUUAAUUAAUUUUCAUUAUAGACAGCUUCAUGCCUCAUAAAGUAUUUUUCUGAGGUAUGUCUUAUCAGGUAAAUUACUGUACACAGUGUAUUCAUUAAUUCUUAUUUUCUUGUAGUAAAGGCUCUGUGCCUUAAUAAAGGACGUACUUUUCCUUUCCUUAAGGGUAUUUGGGCAGUUUGUUCUCUGUUGUGUUUUCAAGUUAAGAAUACAUACAACUACUAUACAGUAUUUUCUGAGGAAACACUCAUUCUUAUUUUUUAAACCCCAUUCGCAAUAACCCGGCAUUUUCACAAACUCGGCCACCCUUCGGUCCACAUUAGGCCGAGUUUUCGAGACUCUACUGUAUUUGUUAAUUAAACAUUACUGAUAUUGAAUCAGAAGUGUUUUAAGAGACCAUUGUUAAAAAUAUUUAGAAUGGUUUAUUCCUGAAAAUAAAAACUAAACCUAAAAGAAUUUAACAAUACGAAAUAAAGUCAAUAGAAUAUAUCAAAAUAUCUUUUGUUCAUAAAUGUAAUCAGUAAAUUUAUAAUCGAGUAUUUCUGUUCUCAUAAAUCAAGUAGUACAUAUGGAUUAUAGAAAAAAUUUGUUUUCUGGUUAUAUACAGAGUAUAAUAAAAAAUUUUUUGAAUA